AUGGCUUCCCUUCCGACUCAGGCACAAUUGCAACAGUUCUACAUAGGCAAAGGAAUCAACGAGGUACCCAAACCAGCAGCAGUCCUGGACGUAGCGAUAAUCCGCCGCCACUGCGAGACAAUGUUACAGACAGUAAAAGCCCUCAAUGUCGGCUUUAGAGCGCAUACCAAAACCCACAAGGUAAACAACUCCAACCCCAACUCCCAUCUCAACCCCAAACAUCCCACCUAA